AUGUGCUUUAUUACCAAGCCUUAAUUGGCUGUUAACUUACGACAAGCCAGAAGUGUUGAGGAUGUAAUUCAUACGUGAAGUCAAUCAGAUGCGUCUGCCUCGUUACGUUGUAUUGAUGUAUGUUAUAAGCGUACUGAACAGGGAAUUGUAAUGUACGUGACAACGUAUUUUUACGUUAUUAUACUAUAUCGACAUCAUGACUAGACGGUCUGUGAAGUGUGUUGUGUUUAUGUGUUUGUUUGGAUUUAUAGCAACGGAAAUUGAGCAAAAUAAGGACAUAUGCUUCUGUUUAUCUGAGGAAAUUAAUGGUCUUCGAAAUCCAAUUCAUAUCGAACCAGUGACAGAAAAUGGAGAUAAAGUGUAUCUAAUUGGGGAACAAAUCGGUGUCGUAUAUUUGUACAAAGGCGGUAAAUUGUCUCCUUAUAUCGAUAUUUCUCAGCGGGUAACUGUAGAAAGCAGCCAGUAUGACGAACGAGGGCUACUGGGAUUUGCUGCACAUCCUAACUUUGAAGAAAAUAAGAAGUUAUAUACCUAUUCCAUUAGAACAGUUGGCGGUUCUGAUUAUGCCGUGGUCACUGAAAUAACAGGUGGAGAUUUGGAGUCCGAAAAAGAUUUACUGUACAUUCAACAACCUGGAAAAUUGCAAAAUGGUGGACAAAUGUUGUUUGGGAAGCUGGAUGGGUACCUUUACAUUUUUGUUGGCGAUGGCAACCCCAGCAGCUAUGCGAACAUCCAGGCACAAAACGGAUCAAGUCUUCUCGGAAAAGUUCUUCGAAUUGAUGUUGACAAAAAAAUUGUGUAUGACGAUAAGCUUCAAUAUUACUCCAUACCUCACGACAAUCCAAAACGAGGCGACUGGAAACCGGAAGUAUACGCGAUUGGUUUGAGGAACUCGUGGCGAUGUUCUCAAGACAAUGGCGAUGAAAAGGGGAAAUUGAAGGGAAGAAUAUUUUGCGGAGAUCUUGGAGACGGAAGUUCUGAUGAAAUCAAUCUGAUAGAAAAAGAGGCCAACUAUGGUUGGCCAUUGAAAGAGGGAUAUAACUGCACACAUCUCUCUGAGGCAAAGUGUCAAGCAUUAGUAAACGACAAACUGCCUUUGAUGGCGUUCGGGAGAAAGAAAGAUGAGGCGAAAGCGUUGGUUGCUGGUCCUUUAUACCGGGGAACGGAACUGGGAGAUCUUUACGGGAAAUUGCUUGUAGGAGAUGUAUUCGGAGGAGCCCUUAAAUUCUUAAGAGAAGAAAACGAUAUUUGGAAAGACACAGAUCUUCCUGUGUGCAAUAAAGAAAGGUGUGGGUGUGACGCCAGGGAAGUCUUGAGCUCCGCCUUACUUUCCUUCGGACAAACACAUGACGGUGAACCAUUUUUAUUAAUGAUUGAUGACGUCACGUUUGCUCCUGGAAGUAAUAAAGGCAGGCUUCUUCGGAUGCGUCCGCCUUUAACGUCUACACACGUUACAUGCGGGUCAAGGUCUUUCACGGCUUCAACGACAAUGAUGCUAUUUACAAUUUUGCUUUGGUUAUACAAAUGACUUAAUAUCACAGCUGUCUUCGAAGUGAUUAAAAAUGUUGGUAAAGAG